AUGGAGAGAUACAAUAGAGUUGAGAAACCGAGACUAGCUACUGCGAUCAACGAGAAUGAGAUACGUAUCACCAGCGUUGGCCUUAUAAAAAACUACAUCAGCUAUGCCACCACUCUUCUUCAGGAGAAAGGUGUGAAAGACAUUGUGUUGAAGGCAAUGGGGCAGGCUAUCAGCAAAACGGUGACCAUCUCUGAGAUACUCAAAAGUAAAAUUCCAGGUUUGCAUCAAGAUGUUACUAUCAGUUCUAUGAGCAUUACUGAUGUCUUUGAACCUACUGAAGAAGGUCUUCUCCCGGUGGAGUUGACGCGUUAUGUUUCCAUGAUUUCAAUCACUUUGUCCCUGAGUGAGUUAAAUAUAGAAUAUCCUGGGUACCAAGCUCCAGCACAGAUAGAUCAGUUGAAGCCUCAGUUGAAGCCACAACAAGGAAGACAAACUCGCCUUCCGUACAAUGCUUAUGUUGAAGAUUCGUAUGGUCAUGGGAGACGUGGCAGAGGAAGAGGCAGGGGAAGAAGUGGAUAUGGUAACUACCAAGGGGCUUAUCAAGGAAAGUACCAAGGAAACUAUCAAGAGGAUAUUCAAGAAAAUAAAGGCGGUUAUUCAGACUGGGGCAAAGGCCGUGGACGUGGCCGGAGCUAUGGCUACCGUGGCGAUGGAUAUCACGGUGGUAGAGGUGGGUUUGGUGGUGGGAGAGACGAUGUGUUUGGUGGAGGCAGAGACGAAGGAUAUGGAGGAAGGAGAGGCGGGUUUAGAGGUGACAAGUACGGUGGUGGUAGAGAUGAUGGAUAUAAUAGAGGCCAAGGUGGAUAUGGAUAUGGUGGUGGUCGAGGAUAUAUUCGUGGACGUGGAAGGAUGGGUAAUGGUGGUCGUUCAAGGGGUGGUGCUAGUUACCAAAACCAAGCCUAA